GCGACCUUGGCCAAAGCCCAGAAGAACUCUCUACGCUUAAGCCUCUGCACACUGCCGGCUUUCUCUAAAGAGGCACGCAGUUGCAAUUGAAAAGCCGAAAAAAAAGGAAAAUCAAAACAACAACAAAAAACUAAAUUCAAAUCUAUAGCCAUAGAAUGUCAGUCUAACAACAACAAACACAACAAACAGUGGCAAGUUUUCAUGUCCAAGGCGUAUUUAUGUCAACCGGAAGUAGGUUUACUGACCCACGUAUACGUUUCAAUACGACGGAUAGCCGAGGACUUCGUCCGUUAAAGCACACUUCGGCUGCCCAAUAGAGGCGACUACUGCUGGACAUAUCUGAAACUGGCUGCCUUACCUUAGCUUAGCCGCUUGUCCAGGUGGCAUACGAAGACGACGAAGAACGACAACGACAACUCGUACUAUAAGAAGGCAUUUUCUUUCAACGUUUUAGUUUUUCAACGAACGGCAAGUGCAUCGGAUCGAUGCGAAAAGCGCGUUGUGCUGACUCCUUAAUUCGAUUUAAAUAAUUAAUUAAGAACUAUGGCACAUCUUCCAGGCAGCUCACAUUGAAAUAAUACAGAGUUCAUCCUGUGCCACCUAACUGUUUACCUUCAAGGAGUUCUUGCCGAGAGAACAGCACCAAUGAUUAAUCAUGCAGCAAACAUUAUCAUAUUCAUCAUCACCUUCACCAACACUCAUCUCGGCAAUAGCUCAGCCAGUCAUCAGAUCGCCCACGUCGGACACAGACACAGCUACAACUACAGCCACCGCUCCAGCUUCAGCUACCGUCACGACCAUAGCAACGCCUGCUAUAAUCUCUGUCGACUAUAGCUACGAUCCGAAUAGCAUAAUGUCCCCAUCGGCUCGUAGCUCAGCCAAGCGGGAUCGGCGGGGGUCAGAGAUUGCCUCGGAGACGCUCUAUAUGGAAAAGAGUUCAGCGAAUAUUCAGCCCUAUAGCAGUUUGUUUGGCGAUCCAGUGCCCCCACCGCAGCCGGAAGAUUACUUUGGCACUGCAGCCUUUGAGACGAUACGGGCUGGAUCUAUAGAAAUACCCAGCUCCGAGGAGGAUACACUUGUGGCUGCCGUUGCCCUCAACACGCUCAUGGGUCAGGAGAAUCGACGAAGACUCUUCUCGAAAGUGCCCUAUAGCACCCUCAGAGCUCAGUCUCAACCCAUACCACGACUGCAACCGCCUGACAUACAAAUACUGCCCAAUUCGAGCGGAGGCUCCAGCUCCGAGCAGCUCGAUUCACCGAAUUUCAUGCUUCUCACACCGCAGGACAUAGUCAAUAAGCCAGAUGUAUACGAAUGUGAGUACGAACAGGCCACACAGGCUACGGAGCGCACUUUCGAGGAGCAGGAAGCACAGACUGGAAAUAGGUCAAUAUCGGACCUGGAUUGGUAUCGCCCAACGCCACAGCAUUUCGCAGAGUUCAGCCGGAUACCCAAGCUGCGACCCAGUUCGAAGAUGGUGAUGUCCAUGAAGCACGAGGAGAUGCCGCUAUCUCCGCUAGCCACCAUGCUGCAAGAUUCAAACGGUUCGAGCAGCAGUGGGGAAGAGCAACUGCUGCAAAUGCCAGUCAGAAGCGCAACACCCACAAUGGACAGAAAUCUCAUACUCUCGCCAAAGCAAUAUCUGCAGCAGCAGCAAAGGGAACUACUGCUCAGUGAGCGGCAGCUGCUUGAGAGCAUGCGGACUUAUGGCUUGGAGAAGCCACAAACGCCCAGCCUGCAGCAAAGCCAGCUACCAGAGUCCAGCACUGAAAUGGAGGAGCAGAUGCAAUCGCAGAUUUUGUCGCCCGUCGUCAUGAAGGAGUCUAUUGCAACGGGCGGUGAAUAUCGUGUGGGCGACACACGGCUGCACAAGAAGUCUGCCUUCACCAUACUCUCGGUGCGCUCACCCAAAUCGUCGCUGGGUCACAGUCCAAGUGCCACGCCUGUGACUCAACGGCCAACAGAGAUCAGCAGACAUCCCUCGCUACAGUCAACCACUACCUCGUCGAAUGCAGCUCAGCCACAGCCGCAGCUGAGGCCGCGUCGCAAGUCGCUGACGGCCUCCCGCUUGCCGCAAUUGCCAGCCAGCAGUCAGCCGCUUAAUGAUGACUCCCCGCGGCCCUCUGUCCAAUUCAAUAUGAGCGGACGUUACAGUCCAAGCAAACUGGCCAUGCCCACAAAGGGCAUAUUGCAGCAGAGGGACUCGUUGACCUCGUCGGUGGAUACGUAUACGCCGCGUGCCCAGAGACGCGAUUCCAUGGGUAUGAGCUCAUCUCCAUUUGGUCAGCGCAUCAAAAGUCUGGAAUCGCUGCCCCUCAUUUCGCAGCCCUAUCGCAGCGCCAUACCUCGAUUGCACAGCUCCUCCAUGGAGCUGGACAAGGAGACUAGCCGUUUCCGUAGAUCCUCAAUGGAAAUGGAUAAGGAGACAUCAGUAAUACCACCGGGCACAUUGCCGCGUCCUUUAAAGCCAAACCCGAAUCCUACGCGUAAGCAGCGUGGAUUGCUUGGAGUGAUCAACAAGUCCAUAGAUGACGACUCCCCUAGCCAACAAGCUCGAUCGAAUUGGCUGAGUUUGGAUGAUCUAACAAUGGGCACACAGCUGCCCAAGUCCACGUUCGAUCCAAUGCGCAUCCAGGCAAGGAGGCGCUCUAGCUCUACUUCACCCGAGCGCCGCAGUUCCACGCAAACUGCUUCAGAUCGCCGCAGCUCAAAUCUGAGCAGCAUCACCACCUCCGAUUUUAGUUUCCGCCGACCCUCGACACUCUCAACACUGCCAACAACAACUAAAGCAGGAAUGCAACGCCGCAAAUCAGUUUAUCAGCCCGCUAGCAAGCUGAAGAGUCCUCGACGACAGCUCUUUCCGAGCAAGGACUCGAAGCGCGCCAAGAUAGUCAAGCCAAGCACUCUGUCACCCAUCAUAGGCACGCCGAACAAGGAUAGCGGCAAGGAUAGUCCACUGCAUGGCGAUGCCUACGAGGACGCCCACAGAGAUACGCCAUCCGACUUAUCGAUGCGUCGCGAUUCUAUAUCACGCAUACCUGUACGCAGUCGCCAGGAUUCGUAUCCGAAUAGUCGUUCCAACUCGCCACUCAAGGAUUUUGCCAAUUUGUCCAGCCUGUCCGGUAGGAAUUCACGAGCUAGCAACAGUCGUUCGCCAUCGCAAAACACGAUUCGCAGUAGCUUUGACAACCAAGCUCAGCUGGACAGCAGAUUGACGCCCACGCGCUUUAGCAGCAGUCGCCCCGUCUCUAGAGGCCCACCCUCUAGACCAGGCUCCCGCAUGGCCCAAGCGAAGGAUGGCUCACAAGCCAACUCCAGGGCCAAUUCGCGAGCCGACUCCCGAGCCAACUCUCGAGCAGAUUCGCGGGCCAACUCGCGCGCUGAUUCACUGGCCAACUCUCGAGCUAACUCACGUUUGAGCGUGCGUUCAUCCAUACGCUCCACGAGCAUUUCACCAUCGACAGCAUCGCGCAAUGGUCGUCAAACUAAAAUUUCACCCAAUCGCAGAAAAUCUGUUUCCACAAGUCCUAAAGGUCUGCCGCCGAAGGGCAUGCUUGGACGUCGAAUGUCACUGAGUCCUGCCGUCAAGCAGGGUAAGUCGACGCCAAAGCUCGAGCGUAAGGACAGUCCCCUCAGCAGUAAACGUAGAAGUUCUCGCUCUCUUAUACCAACAAGUGUGCGUAGAUCUGUGUCCAAAUCCAGUUCGCCAGCCAAGAAAACGACGGACAAGCCCUCUGAUAAGUCUGCAACGCCCAAGAGCAAAAGGCCUACACAAGCCUUGUCUAAGCCCAGCCCCAAGGAGAAAUCCAAUAAAGCGGAAAGUGCCAAAAAGAAGAACACAGCAAUAAUCAAACCUGAGUUCAAUCUCAAGCGAAACGGAAGUAAGAUUCUCGCUAAAGCCACGCCUAAAAGCAGCCAAGCAAGUAAGCCAAAUAAAACUCCAGCAAAGCAGCAAAAACAGGAGGCUGGACAAAAAAAUGGUAAAACAGAUAAGCCAGCUGGCAAAGCUAAUGGAGCUAGUGGUAUACCCAAGCCCCAAGCUCGUGAAGCAGCUCAGCAAAAAAACAAUAACAAGCCAAACGGAAGUCCAGCCACAAAAACCAAGCAGAGGGAAUCGCCAGAGAAAUUGGAGACAACUGCUGCUGCUGGUGCUCCUGCUGCUGCUACUGCUGCCUCUGCGCCUAAAGAGACUAUGGAGGAUAGUAUAAAUCCCUUGGCCAUCCAUGUGGGCAACGCAGUGAAUGUAGCUGCAGAAGCUUUGCCCGCAGUUCGCAACGAGGUGAAUGCCAAAGCAGGAGCUGUUAAGCGACAAACUUCCAACAUGUCCAACUUGGUGCGCAUGAGCUCACGUCUCAGUUUGGUAAGCAACAAGAAGCGAACCGACUCCGCACAGAAUCGCAAAGUGACAACGGUUCCAGAGCUGUCUCAAGAAGGUGAAGCAUCCAACAGGCAGCCUACACCACAAUCUGGCGAUAGCUUAGACCCCGCUGCAACAAGUUCUGAUGCUAUGGACGGCACCACCGAGGCACAGAAAACGGUUAAUGAACAUUUAAUUGACCAGAAAACCCAUGAAAAUGAAUCAGGACUUGCCCCAAUUACUACUGCCUCGCCCACACCCAGUGGCGUCACAAUGCUGGCCAAGGCCCAUGAUAGCGCUCCCCGGCUGGACACAGCCGAUGGUAGCAAUGCCCAGCGCAGCUCCCCCGCCGAGUUACAAAAAUCCCCCCUACCACCCACACAACCCAUUGAGGCAUCGAUAUCGGUGCUGAAUGCCCUCGAAUCAGAUGCAGCGAGCGCUCAGCUUAGUGCUGUACCUGAAGCCGAGAACGAAAGAGCCAAUCCGCAAGAGGAUCACACUAAGAACUUGGAGCAUCCAACAACGACAGCUGGACUCGCUGACGAUUUUCCAGUAGAUGACAAACGACUCUCGCCCGAUGGCCAGGGCUCGACUGUGGGCAGCGGAGGACUUGCCAAGUGCUACCUAAGCAUGUUGACCAAGAAGAAAAAGAACUCGGUUGUCUUUCACAUUGAUCUGCCGCAGAAUUCGUUAAUCGAACCGGAUAAAUAUUUAUUUAGAACUGGCAGUCAGGAGUUCCUAAAGGAUGAUGUAGGCAAGGCGGGCUGCUGUCGAUGCUGCACCACGCUUUGCAUGCGCUUUCGCCGCUCUCGCUGCAUGCGCUGCUGCGGAUUGCGCAAGGACCGCCUGCAAGAUGCCGCCGAUGAGCAGCAGCCCGUGCUCGCGAGCAGUCGGAGCAGCGCCUCGACAACAACGCAGCUGGAGAUAGUUGAUGAGGCGAAGAAGAAGUCUCGUUGUUGGCCCACAUCCAAUUGCUGCAAGAGCUGUCGCAAAAAGCCAAAGUCCACUGAGAUCGCAGAGGAGAAACAGACCAAAAUGAGCGUGGAGCCAAUGCACCAAUCCACAUCAAGCCAUCAACCAAAGCACCAGAGUAAUUGUGGCAUGUGUUUGCGAAAGGUUUUCUGCUGUCGAUCCGUGAAUAAAGUCGAUCCCAUAACGGGCGACGAGACGGAGCUGAGCAAGUGCUGCUUCUGUAUACCCUGUAGGCGCAAAAAUGCCACUGUUGCUGCGGCCACCGAGCCUAAGGUUGCUUGGCGAGAUCAGGAUCCAGAGCUGGGCAUAGCUCCCACAGAUGCCGCCGUACUAGAAGGCUCUUCAAUGGCGCCAUCGGCAGUGACAGCAACAGAAGACAUGACCAAAAUGAGUUGCUGCAAACGUUUUUGGCUGAUGAUGUUUUGCUGUCGCAAGAAACCACGGCAAGCAGCCGAUGCGCGCCGCCAAAGUAUUGUAGCACCGCCAACAAGUGAGGAAACACGUCGCAAACUCCAUAAUGACCUGGUGGAGUAUACUUCUAAGAUGAAGGCCGCCAUACCCGUGCUGCCGCUAUACCUCGCCUGGUUUUGUGCUUUCUGUAACGUUAUCUUCCCUGGCUUAGGCACUCUGCUCUCUGGUCUAUUCUGCCUUUGCGUUGGCAUUCCACGUUUCUCGCAAUUCGACAGUGCGCGCGCACGCAUUGGAUCUUUUAUCAUUAAUAUUAUUGUGGCUGUAUCUCAGUUUUUCUGUGUGCUCUUCUGCUUUGUGGGCUGGGGAUGGUCCAUUUGGUGGGGCACCAUCAUGUUAAAGUGUGCAAAGAAACUGAGCAAGAUCAAAAAGGUGGAACGCUUAGAAUUGGAGGAGGAACAGCGUCAGGCCGAUAUAGCGGCCGCUGCGGUGCGAGCCGAUGCAGAGGCGGCAAAGACAUAAACGUCUCUAAAUAUAC